AAAAGAAUCCCACGUCCCACUCAUCGCCACGCCCGCCGCCCGCCAUUCUUUUUUCUCUUUCUCCCUUCCCUCCCCCCCUCCUUCCCUUCUCACCAAACCGCGGCUGCGAGUGAGCCUGCCCAGUCCAGUCGACACGCCGACGCCAUGGCGCUCGCCACCUCCCACCACAGCAUCCACCUCGCCCGCCCCGCCGCCGCCGCCGCCGUACCCUCUCGCCUGACGCAGCUGGGAUUCCUCCGCGUCGGCGCCUCCCGAUCUCCCACGAGGAUUGUUUGCCAAUCUAUCAACUCAGCUAACGUGUUGGGAGCUUCUUCGACGAUAGCUGAUGAUGCAGUUCCCCAACCAGUUGUCCUGAUAGAUCAAGACUCAGACCGUGAUGCAACCAUCGUUCAGCUGAGUUUUGGAGAUCGUUUGGGGGCACUACUUGACACGAUGAAGGCACUCAAGGACCUGGGCCUUGAUGUGACGAAAGGAAGUGUGGCAACUGAUUCGUCUGUCACACAAACAAAGUUCCACAUCAUGCGAUUGGGGCGUAAGGUUGAGGACCCUGACAUGUUAGAAACAAUACGUCUGACCAUCAUUAACAACCUUCUGCAGUAUCACCCUGAAUCAAGUGAGAAGCUAGCCAUGGGUGAAUUUUUUGGAAUAAAACCCCCUGAGAAGAAGGUUGAUGUUGAUGUUGCAACACAUGUAAUUGUUGAAGAUGAUGGACCAAAAAGAAGCAUGCUUUACAUAGAGACAGCUGAUCGGCCAGGCCUACUCUUGGAAGUAAUCAAGAUUAUUGCUGACGUAAACAUUGAUGUGGAGUCAGCUGAAAUUGAUACUGAGGGCCUGGUUGCCAAGGACAAGUUCCAUGUGAGUUACAGAGGUGCAAAACUAAACAGCUCGUUAUCUCAGGUGCUGGUUAAUUGCUUACGCUAUUACCUCCGGAGGCCCGAGACCGACGAAGACAGCUAUUGAUUCUUGUGGAGUGCAUGGGCUCCAAAUUACAGACCAAGAACUCCAGCUCGUCUCGAGUUCCUGUCUAUUAGCCCUAUUAUUUCUGUUGUAAGAAAAAAUGUGGCACACCUGUUCCCAAAAUACAUUUAAACUGGGCUCUGCGAUGCAGUUCGAUGUUUUGUGGUCGGACCUGGGAGCUUCAGUGGCCGUUACCCCCAUUGAUUUCCUACAGUAGAGAAAUCACAUUGAGAAGGUCUUAACGUGUUGGGUGUGGUGUGUAAGUUCACAGUCUGAUCCAUGUGCAUGUAAAAUACCAGGAUACGUACGUGUUGGAUGCUUUCGUCUUUGUUAUACACAAGAAUUUGCAGCAACAUGUGUCGUUUAUCU